UACGUUAGUUGGUGACGUCAAAAAUAAAAAGCAAAACAAGAGAGAAAUGUCAAAUUCGAAUUUUGAUUGAUUUGAUCGCUUUGCUAUUUGUUUACAUCUUAAGUUUUUGUUGUAUCAUCUAAAUAAUAUUAAAGAUCAUUUUUAAUGCGGACCGAGUUCUUCUUCAAGUGAAAUUUUACGUGCUCUGCAAUGGAAACGUGUGUGCGCGGGUUUUCUUUUAUGCCACAAGAGAAUGUCUCCAUGGAAAGUCUGCAGUACAUAGAAGGAGAAGAGCUGACACGAAAAUGGCGCGCGAGUCGUCGAGAGCGGCUGAAGCAGCGGGAACAGAGGAUUUGGGAGGAGUUUGUGGAAAAGGAGAAUGAUGUACUGGCCACAUUGUGCAAAGAUGACCCGUACCAGUUUCUGGAGCAGCUGCCCGAGGAGUGCCUCAAGGAAAUGAUGGCGGAGCAGCUCAAGAAAAUGCAAGAGGAAAUUGUUGAGGAAGAGGUGAAAAUUGUGCAGGAAAAUGAGACGGGCCGCGGCGACUCCGCGCCGCACGUGGUCACGUUCGCGGAGGACGUGGAGCGCGAGGAGAUGUUCACAAUAUUUGACGACAAAGAGGAAGACAAAUCGGCUCCAGAGGAUGAAGGUACUGAUUCGCUGAGUCCGUCCACGGUGCGAGAGCUGUCACCCGACUCCCGCGCCAUCAGUCCUGACAAGGGUUCAAGUAAAUCAUCUGAAAACGUGGCAAAUGUGAUAGAAAACAGCAUAUACUUUGCCAAGGUGAAGGAUUUGAAGAACAGGAUGAGUGAAGAACUUGCGAACAUUGUCCUAGCCCUGGAGCGUCGCGAUGUGCUAAAUAUAGAUCCUGCAGACCUGGUCAAGAUGUGUCGCCGAUCUACAGAGUUCUGCUCUAGGUUCAACAGGGUGCACAUGUACCAGAUCAACAGACAGAUCAAUGACCUGGAGCGCAACAACAACGUCUGCCUGCCGUUCGCCAAACACACGCAGUUCCAAGCGCAGAUGGUGCGCAUAGCCUCCCUGCAUCAGAACAUGCUGCAAGCUUUCCAGAUAUUCCACAGGUCGAUAGAGCAGACGGCGUGCGUGCGGGAGAGCAUAGACACGCUGCGCGCCCUGGUGAGCCUGUGCCGCCGGGGCAGCGCCGCCUCGCGGCGUCACCUCGCCGCGGCCGGGAACCUCAGCGCUGAUAAAAUGAUCCCAUCGUGCGACGGUCUGGUGGAGGCGAUCAACGAGUACGCGGCCAAGCUCUCCAGCUACAUGGAUAGCACAGAGAACACUCACACGUCCCAUUCGCGACGCAGUUUGAAAACAAAGGGCAAGAAGAGCACCAUCGGGUCCUGGUCACACAAGUCUGGUAUCCCAGGGAAAUCUGUUUCAGGAACCCGGCUUUCAAUGUAUUCCUUAGAUACGAUGCGAAUUAACCUGAAGCCCAAAUCGUCCAAAGAAAUCUCCAGCGGCGGCACGUCGAAGGUGCGCUGCAACGAGAAGCGCGCGGGCGCAGGCGCGGGCGCGGGCGCGGCGCUCGAGGCGCGCGACCACAGGAAGCCCGUGCGCAAGCGCUCGCCCAGAUCCCGUCGACCGCUGAUGCGGGACCCUAACUCCGGCCGGACGAAGACGAAACGCAAGAUGCCGAAAGAGACAGAAAUCAGGACUAUGGUGGAAACUGUCGGCACUAUCACUUGCACAUCGAGCCGCGUGAGCUGCGUGAGCCCCCUCCCCCCGCUGAAGUCCCCGCGGCGGCGCAGCAAGGACGCCACGCCGCGCUCGCAGCGCAGCAAGGAGGCCGCGCCGCGCAAGCCGCCCGCCGCCGCCAGGUUCAAGCGCAGGCCGCCCAGCCCGCCCAUGAAAGAGGGCAGUAUGAAAGCGGCGCUGACGAGCAUCUCCAACGUGAUACCCGAGACGAGCGCGAUCGUUAGACCGAUUAUGAUGAGUGACAAGCGGAUUGAUACGCAGAGAAAAGUGCCUUUGCCAGUGCCAGUCAAACAAUGCGAGAUGAUGACGGAGACGCCGCGCUCGAUGUACGCGAGCGCGCCGUCGCGCUCGUCUGCGCGCUCGGCCGACGUCACGCCGCGCGCGACCGAUGCUGCCAGCGUUCUUGAUACACCCAGGGUCGUUGAUACGCCUAAAGUGACCGAAACGCCAAAGUCCGCGAGCGAGAUAGCACGAACUGUGGGCGAGGCCUCCCGCGGGGAGAGCUCUCGCCAGGAGGAGCGCGCGGGGGCGGUGGGGGGCGCGGGGGGCGCCGCGCGCCGGGGGGAGAUGAUCACCGCUGAGAAGAGGUGCGAGCUGGCCAGGGCGAGGAAGGGAUCAACAGCGUCGGCCAGAUGUGAAGUGACCAGGAUUGUGCGGCAGCUUUGUGGAGGGGACACCGCAGGGAGUCGGAACGAACGAGUGACUGGCGCGAAAAAUGCUCAACUCAUGUGCGUUAAUGGUUCUUCCAGUCCCCGUCAACCCAGUACUCCUCAGCUGCUUAGGAUAUUAGAAGAAACCAUCCAGAAGAAAGUGCCAAAGCAGCUGUUUCAGAAUAUGUCUGUGAAAGACAGCGCGCGCUUCCGCAUGACAUUCAACAUUCCUGAGCUGACAGCCGACAAGAUGUUCCAGUAUCGCACCAAGUUCGUGCAGCACAUGCUGGCCAGCCCCAUGUACGCCAACAGCCUGCGCCCGAAGCCCUGGGAGCUCAUCAGCAGGAUAUCAGACCAACUCAUUGAUGAAUUAGUGGGUACAUGCGCCAAAGAAAUGCAAAUGGAGGGUUUCAUUCAAAGGUUAUACAAUUUGGAGACGCGUUGACAUUGAAACUCUUCAUGGGUUAAAUUGUUUUCUAAAUAAUGUAUUUGUAAUAAAAUUUAGUUUCACAAUUAUUGUUUUAAUUCAUA